CACACACACAACCCACAUUUGUAUAACUUAUAGAACAGACUGGAGGCCAAUGUGAACACCUGCACAUAUAUAUAAAUAAAAAAUUAAACCAAGAAAGCUGAGGAAAUCAAAGGAUGUGGGAGAAACUGGUGAACUGCAUCAAGGGUAAUGGCGGCGGGAAGACAAGCUGCCAGGUUGUCCAGCUGGCCGACCUGAUGAAGCAGGUGCCCUCGAACCAGCUGAAGAUGUUCCAAAUGUUUGCCAAGAAGCACGAGGAGUACAAGGAUCGAGUUCGCAAGUACCCAGAAUCGUUGCCGCCAAUUGACUGGGAGUACUACCGCCAGAAUGUCCGCGAAGAGUUUGUGGAUUGGGUGAAGGGUUACGAGACCAAGUAUGAUAAGCUUCACUCCGUCUUUGAGAAUCGACACGCCAUGGUGGAUCACAAGCGCUACUUCGAGAAAGUGGACGAAGAGGCGGAAGUGGUUAAGAAGGCUAUAGCCGCCUAUAAGGCCGAAUCAAACGAGAGAAUCAAGAAGCUUACGGAAAGUCUAGAGUUCGUAAAGGCCAUGCAGCCCUACGACCAAAUGACCAUGGAGGAAUUCUGCUUUGCCCGUCCCCAUUUGGCACCGGAUUUCAUCAACAAACCCACUUUCUGGCCCCACACUCCCGAGGAGCAAAUGCCAGGUCCUUCGGAUCCCGAGGCAGCAGCAGCUUUGCACCAUGAGGAAGAACCGGAACCGCCAAAGAAGCCAUCCCCUGAGAAACCACCAGAAAAGGGUUCCGAGGUACCUAAGCCUGCAGCACCUGUGGCUCCGCAGAAACCCACCGAACCAGCUAUAGACACCACUCAGUUGGCUGAGAAGGCCAGUGGAAUGGCCAAGGAAUUGGUGGCCAAGGCAAUUGUGCUGUUCAACAGUCUCAAGGAGAAGCUGUCGGGCCUGGCGAAGAAUGUUCAGAAGAAAGCCGAAGCCGCCAAGGCAGCCCGUGCCGAAGCUUCUGGCAAGUCAGUGACUUCCACAUCCACUCCCACACCCACAAAGUCCCUAGAUAGUAUUAAGGAACGCGAGUCCGCUCCAAAUAUUUGUAACCAAACCAUUUUACGCAGCGAAGAGGAGGAAGCCAAUCCGGAGGUCAAGGCCAGACAUGCCAACCUAUCCAUCGAGGCAGAUCCCUGCGAAGCCCAAGAAGAGAGAACCAGGGAGAUAGCCAGGGCUCUGGAAAGAAAGCGUCAGUUAAAAGAGGCUGAAGAAUACAGGGAGUACCAGAGGAGCAGGGAAGCCUGUAAGCCCAAAGAAGAAGAGCCAGUCUGCGAGCCUGAUCCUUGUAAGCCGAGGGAAGAGGAACUCAUCUGUGAGCCUGAUCCUUGCAAGCCAAAAACCGAUCCUUGCAAGCCCAAGGAGGAAGAAGACAUCUGCAAACCAGAUCCCUGCAAGGAGGAAGAUCCCUGCAAGGAGAAACCUGAAAAGGAAAACGAUUGCAAGUUCGACAAGGACAAUGAUGGUAACUUAGAGAACUCAAAGGAGCAGGAGCAGGUCUUCAUCAACAUAGCCAAGUGCAGCGAAGAUUUGGCCAAAAAGAAGGAAAAGAAAACAGGAGAGCCUGGUAAACCUAAGGAAAAGGCGUCGCUGACAGAGAUACCUCAGGGUUCGGAUCAAAAACCCAUACUGGGCAUGCAGCUAUCAUCAUCGAAGGAUGCCAAAAAGGAUCAGAAAGAUAGUAUUGAAGGGGCACACGAAGUGGGUCCUGUCUACACGGAUCCUAAGCAACUUGCAGAACUGCUGGCCAAGGAGAAAGAAAAGAAAGAGCUCAAGGAAAAGAUAGGGCCGGCUAAGAUUGAAGAUGCCAUUAAACCCGAAGACGAUAAACCACUUACCAUCUAUCCCAAGCUGGAGAUAACAGCCAAACCCAAAACCGAAGACGUAGAUGGGGCCAAGGAGUCGCCCAAGGAUAUGGCCAAGCAGGUGUUCAGCAUGGCCUCGGGAGCUGCUUCUCUGCUGACAGAAGCCACAAAUACCCUAGAGGACUUGAAGAAGAAGAAGGAGGCUCGUCUUGAGGCCCUCGAACAGGCCUAUACCUCGGCUCAAAGACAGGCCCAAGGAGCUCUGGCCGAGGCUUCGAAAGCCGUGGAAGCCGCCAACAAGUUGGCCCAGAGAUCGGCCGAAAAAACAGGGGAAGUGAGCAGCCGCGAUAAGGAGGCCUUGGAAAUGGCCGAAAAGCAUGCCAUUCUGGCCAAAAUGCUGGCCAGUCGUGCCGUUGCCCUAAAGGACGAGAUCGCCCGAGUUCUCAAUGAUCUGAAAAAGAAACAGUAAUCCUUACUUUACAUAUUUCUAAAUGAUUUUGUACCACAUUUUGUUUGUUGUAUUUUCGUAUUAAAUUUUCUGUUUUUUUGUUGUUA